AUGCACCUGCCGGGCUGCGCCCCCUCGAUGGCCGACGGCAGCUUCUCGCUCGCCAGCCACCUGCUCCGCAGCCCCGGCGGAGGCGCCUCGCGGCUGCACAGCAUCGAGGCCAUCCUGGGGUUUACCAAGGACGACGGGAUCCUCGACUCCUUCCCGGCGGAGCGGGACGCCCGAGGCGCCAAGGAGCGGGCCCGGAGGCCGGGCGCGGGGGCCGCCUGCCCCAAGGCGCCUGGCGAAGGCGCAGAACCCUCCCCCGCGCCCGCCUUGGCUCCGGUCCCGGAGUACGAAGGUCUCGUCGCCCCGGCCCCGCGCCCCUACUGCCCCGAGGCGCCCGGGGAGGCGCGGCCCAGCCCGGGGCUGCCUGUCGGGCCCGCCGCCGGCGACUCGAAGCCGUCGGAGGAAGAUCAGCCGAAGAAGAAGCACCGUCGGAACCGCACGACCUUCACCACCUUCCAGCUGCACGAGCUGGAGCGCGCCUUCGAGAAGUCCCACUACCCUGACGUGUACAGCCGGGAGGAGCUGGCCGGCAAGGUCAACCUACCCGAAGUCCGGGUGCAGGUGUGGUUCCAGAACCGACGCGCCAAGUGGCGGCGGCAGGAGAAGCUGGAAGUGUCGUCCAUGAAGCUCCAGGACUCGCCCCUUCUCUCCUUCAGCCGCUCCCCGCCCUCGGCCGCGGCGCUGGCGCCCCUCGGGGCGGGCCCGGGCCAGGCUGGGGGCGCGCUGCCGCUGGAGUCCUGGCUCGGGCCGCCGGGGCCGGGCGGGGGCGCCACGGCUCUGCAGAGCCUGCCGGGCUUCGGGGCCCCCGCGCAGAGCCUGCCCGCCAGCUACACGCCCCCGCCGCCGCCCUUCCUGGGCGCCCCGCCGCUGGGCCCCGGCCUGCCCGCCCUCGCGCCGCCGCCCGCCUACGCCUGCGCGCCCGGCUUCGGGGACAAGUUCCCGCUGGACGAGGCGGACCCGCGCAACAGCAGCAUCGCGGCGCUGCGCCUGAAGGCCAAGGAGCACAUCCAGGCCAUCGGGAAGCCGUGGCCGGCCCUCUAG